GUGGGAUUAAAGAUUCCCUAAUGGACUAAUCAAUGAUGCUCAAAGAGGUGCAUGUUGUUUCAGCAUGUUAUAAAAUCUCUGUGCUGCCUGAUCACAACUGCAUCAGUAAGGAGGGUCUCCAUGGAUCUGGUCACUUUCCUGGUACUUACUCUCUCCUCUCUCAUUCUCCUCUCACUCUGGAGACAGAGCUCUAGGAGAAGGAAGCUCCCUCCUGGCCCCACUCCUCUCCCAAUUAUUGGUAAUUUCCUCCAGAUAGAUGUGAAGAACAUCAGCCAAUCCUUAACCAAGUUUUCAAAAACCUAUGGCCCUGUGUUCACUCUGUAUUUGGGCUCACAGCCCACUGUCAUAUUGCAUGGAUAUGAAGCAAUAAAGGAAGCUCUGAUUGAUAACGGGGAGAAGUUUUCUGGUAGAGGAAGCUAUCCAAUGAUUGAAAAUGUUACUAAAGGUUUUGGCAUUGUUUUUAGCAAUGGAAACAGAUGGAAAGAGAUGAGACGAUUCACAAUCAUGACCUUUCGGAAUUUGGGAAUUGGAAAAAGGAACAUUGAGGACCGUGUUCAAGAGGAAGCACAGUGCCUAGUGGAAGAACUGAGGAAAACAAAAGGCUCACCCUGUGACCCCUCCUUGAUCCUGAACUGUGCUCCAUGCAAUGUCAUCUGCUCCAUUACUUUCCAGAAUCAUUUUGAUUAUAAAGAUAAGGAAAUGCUUACGUUCAUGGAAAAAGUGAAUGAGAAUCUCAAGAUUAUGAGCUCCCCAUGGAUGCAGGUCUGCAAUAGUUUUCCUUCACUCAUUGACUAUUUUCCUGGAACUCAUCACAAAAUAGCAAAAAAUAUUAAUUAUAUGAAAAGCUAUUUGUUGAAGAAAAUAGAAGAACACCAGGAAUCAUUGGAUUCACUGGAUAUUAACAAUCCUCGGGACUUUAUUGAUUGUUUCCUGAUCAAAAUGGAACAGGAAAAACACAACCCAAAGACAGAGUUUACUUGUGAGAACUUGAUCUUCACAGCAUCUGAUCUCUUUGCUGCUGGGACAGAGACAACUAGUACAACCCUGAGGUACUCUCUGCUGCUCCUGCUCAAGUAUCCAGAAGUGACAGCCAAAGUCCAGGAAGAGAUUGACCAUGUGAUUGGCAGACACAGGAGCCCUUGCAUGCAGGACAGGCAUCACAUGCCCUACACUGAUGCUGUAUUGCAUGAGAUACAGCGAUACAUUGACCUCCUUCCCACCAGCCUUCCCCAUGCACUGACCUGUGACAUGAAAUUCAGAGAUUAUUUCAUUCCCAAGGGCACCACUGUCAUAGCAUCAUUGACUUCUGUGUUGUAUGAUGAUAAAGAAUUCCCCAACCCAGAGAAGUUUGAUCCUAGUCACUUUCUGGAUGAGAAUGGCAAGGUUAAGAAAAGUGACUACUUUUUCCCUUUCUCAACAGGAAAACGAAUUUGUGUGGGAGAGGGUCUGGCUCGAACAGAAUUAUUUUUAUUCCUGACCACAAUUUUACAGAAUUUUAACCUGAAAUCUCCAGUUGAUCUGAAAGAACUUGAUACCAACCCAGUUGCCAAUGGAUUUGUUUCUGUGCCACCCAAGUUCCAGAUAUGCUUCAUUCCCAUAUAAUGGAUUUCUCCCUAA